AUGGCGAACCCAAAAGACUAUACCGUAGGCUGGAUUUGUGCCCUAAGCACCGAACAUGUCGCAGCCAGGGCGUUUUUGGACGAAGAACAUGAUAUACCUGAGCGGGUCGCUCACAGGGAUAAUAACGUCUAUACAUUGGGAAGAAUAGGAAGCCAUAAUGUGGUAAUUGCGACGCUGCCAGAUGGCGAGUAUGGCAUAUCCGUAGCUGCAGCCGUGGCUCGAGAUAUGGUCAGCAGUUUUCCGAAAAUUAGAAUCGGUCUCUUGGUAGGCAUCGGGGGCGCUGCACCAAGCGCUGAGCGCGAUAUACGACUUGGAGACGUGGUUGUCAGUGUAACAGGUGAAGGACGCGGGGGCGUGUUCCAGUACGACUUUGGCAAAGUCAUGCAGACCAAGGAAUUUGAGGCAACGGGAUUCCUCGACCAACCUCCCGCGCUUUUACGAAGCGCUGUUUCCAAUAUCAGGAUGCGUCAUGAGAGCGACGGACAUCAGUUACGAAAAGCUCUGGAUACUGUACUCGAGAAACGACCGAGACUUCGGAAGAAAUACCAGCGGCCAGAUCCGAGUACUGACCGGCUGUACCGCAGUGAUAUUGUUCAUCCUUCAGAAUCGGAUUUGCCGUGCGAAGGUUACUGUGGCGACAACGAGCCCGAGCUGCUAUCGAGACCAUCUCGGUCUGAAGGCGAGGAUGACCCGAUGAUACACUAUGGUCUAAUCGCAUCUGGAAACAAACUUAUGAGAGACGCUGAGAUCCGAGAUCUCAUUGCAUCAAAGUCGAAGGCCAUAUGCUUCGAGAUGGAAGCAGCAGGGCUGAUGAAUCAUUUUCCAUGUCUGGUGAUCCGAGGGAUAUGUGACUAUUCCGAUUCCCACAAGAAUAAUGCUUGGCAAGGCUAUGCGGCAAUGAUGGCGGCAGCUUAUGCCAAGGAACUUCUUGCCCGAAUUGCUCCCACAUCAGUCGAAGCCGAGGUGACAAUAGCUGUCGUUUUAUCUCAUGCUGAAUCAACCGGACAAUCUACGUCCGAACCCAGCGCCUCGAAUCUCAUUAGUGCCGGGCAACCGAUUACCAUGAACUCCCUAAGGCCCAAGCCGUCAACCCAGAGCUCCACAAGUUCGAGAUCUACAAGUUCACAGCAGGCCGCCGCGCAAUCAUCUCAGCCUGCUACUGCUCCGCCGCCACCUCUUGAACCACGAAUAGUGUAUGUACAGGGCGAACGUGAGGGAUUCUGGGAGUGGUUUGGAGGGCUAUUUGUUAAUAACAGUAGUCUUUCGGAUGGCUCAUCUCGCAGAUCACCUGAAUAUACCCGGUCCACUAGACCACCACAAGGCACCCGGUCUAGUAGACCACCAGGAGGCGGUGGAGGUUCUAAUGCUGCUAUUCGUAGAAUGAGGGCCCGGGGCCGACGGUAG